AUGGCAUCCAACACUUCCAAUUCCACACGUAGGUCUAGCUCCUCUUGGACACCUGAACAGAACAAACGAUUUGAAGAUGCACUAGCCAAAUAUGAUGAUCACACCCCUGACCGUUGGAAGAAAAUUGCCAAUGCUGUGGGUGGAAAAUCUGUGGAGGAAGUGAAGAGGCACUUUGAGAUCUUGAUGGAGGACAUCAAGAACAUCGAGUCUGGUAAAAUCACAUUUGAUUACGAGUCAACUGAAGAAAAUGACUAAGACACCGUAGCUUAUGAGCAGAGGCUUUUCAAGUAUGCAAAGCAGCAUUAAGUCCAAGACACUUCCAGUACAUUCCAUCAGCUGAAAUUAUCUAUGUAGAAGCACUAAAUAAAGCAGCAAUUAUAUAUACAAAAGUUGUAAAUAACGUAUCAGGCAUCUAUGCAGAAGUGUUAAAAGAAAA